CUCAAAUUACUAUUCGGUCAGAUGCAACAUAGAAUUCUCAAACUAGACAAGGAGUUAUCCAUGGACCUAACAAGAUACAAUUUCCAAACAUGACUAUUAUAGUCUGAUCAUAUAAAACACAAGAGUCUCUCGAGCCAACCCCUUUAAGAUCUGAUAACCACUCCAGAAGGAAAAGAGUACACAUGAGUGAAGUUAACUAAUAUUUUCAAAAGUAGAUUUGGCCUCUCCUAACCAAAUUUAUGAGCUAAACAAAAAAAUAGAGCAACUACUAUAACCAUAACCUCCAUUGCGCUGCCACUAUCUCCACCCCUUUUUGGUCAUCCUCACCACCUUUUCUUGUUUUAUUAAUUUUCACCAUAUAUAGAAUCUUUUUCACCAUAGCCUCUCUCUCUCUCUAUGAAUGACCUCCACAUCUUGAUCUUCACGUUUUCCAUGAUGAGCCUCAAAGUCAAAUAAUGUAUCUUGGCCCAUACCAUGCAUGCAGCGCUGGCUAGACCCACCACCUCCUUAUCUACAAACUGAUCCUUUAAACAAUCAUUUCUUAUAUGAUUCUGAUAUGAUAUCUGCAAUAUUUAUGUUUUCAAUUAUUGUAUAAUUUUGUCACCACUAAUUCCAAGAUAAAACCCUCCCACUUGUUCAAUCAAUUCAAUUAUAUAUAUCUACUCAUUAUUUCACAGCACAGCCAUAGACCAUAGUGUCGUGCUCCCUUCUACUUCACUUCUCAAACCACUCAUUCAGCUGUGCCUAUGUCGAUCCCUGAAAAUUCGAAUAUCUUCGUCAGUAAUUUGCCUCCUGAGCUUGAACUACUUGGGACACUGUUUAAACUUUUUGGGGAGGUCGGGAACGUACAGGGUGUUGAAAUAAAAUAUGGUGAUACUCCGGACCAAACCUUUGGAUGUAUAACCAUGAGUACAGUUGAAGGCUAUGAACAAGUUCAGUGGCUAUGAACUUGAUGGAAAAUUGUUGAGUGUUAGUAAGGAGGAACCAAUCAGAGAAGAGCCGAAGAAGCCAACAUAUCCUCGUGCAUAUAGUUCAUCAUCACCGAAUAUUAUCUGCGUUGAGAACUUGCUCGAGGAUAGGUUGGCAGACAUGUUCAGUAGACAUGGUAAAGUUGAAGAUAUUGAGAUAAAUUUUAAGGCGAGGUCUGGUAAAUCAAGGGCCUAUAUUAUAAUGAACAAUGAGUCUGAUAUGAAUAAUGUCAUUGCUGCUAUUAAUGGUCAUAGUUUGGAUGUUGGUUUAACCAAAUUGCAUGUUUAUCCGUUAAGGCCCAAGGAUGCGAUGUAAUCAGUACAAUAAAUAUUCUACAAGUUUAUGCUUCUGUCUAACUUUUCUCUUACUUCUUUCCUAUUCAUCUAAUAAGGAUGAUUUAGAAUCAUAUAUUUGGUCUGAAAUCACCGCUUUACUUUGUUUCUCUCUUGUUAUAAUUAAAUAAAAGACAUUCACAUGUAACCAAUUUUUCA